AUGGAUUCUCUCUAUCUUAUCCUGAUCAUUAUCCCAAUCAUCCUCAUUCUCUACUUCAAAUUUUUUUCAAAAUCAUCAUCCCCAAAGCACCCUGAAAUAGUCAUUUCUGGGCCAUCUGGUUCUGGCAAAACCAUGCUUUAUUACAAGGUAAAUCUUUAUUAAGCUUACAGAAAAUCGAUCUCCAACAACAGUGUCUUCCCUCAAAAUAAACCAAGGGACUGCCACAAUUGGUUCUAAAUUAGCCACAAUUACAGACAUUCCUGGGCACAAUUAUUUCCAAAAAAACUUAUUAUCAAAGCUUCCAAGAUCAAAAGGACUAAUAAUGCUUAUAGAUUCUACAGACAAACCUAGCUUUAAAAAGGCAGCCGAGGAUUUAUUCGAAAUUUUUUCAACGCAUAACCCUAAACAAGUCUUAAUUUUUUGCAAUAAACAAGAUCAGCCACUUGCUAAAAAGACGUUGAUGAUUGAAAGCGAGCUAAGCACUGAAAUGUGAUGUUUAUUUAGUGAGAGACUUAGAAAAAUUAAAGUUUCGGAUCUGACUGAUACUUUGAGGAAACCAAUAGGAAAAGAAGGGGAAAGAUUCGACUUUUGCCAUAUGGAAGAGAAUGGAGUGCUUGUGGAAAUUUUUGAAGGAUCUGUGGAGACAAAUGAUUUUGAGCCUAUUACAAGAUUUAUAGAAAAAGUUAUUUUUACUCCCCUCCGUGAGUGAACAAAAAAAUUUUGUUCACUCACGGAGGGGGGUUAAUUUUUUUUUUUUAAAACAAUUUAUAUAUAAAUUUUAAAAACAUUAUUUUUUUUUCGAAAUUUAAAAAAAUCCUAAUUCGCAAAAAAUUGGAAAGCAAAUAUUAAUUUAAUUUAGAAAAUUUAUGUUUUUAAAACGCAAUUUGUUUAAAAAUUAAACAGAAUUAGCUCUAGAUUUCUUAUAUACUAAUUAUCAUUUAUAUAUCAAAAUUUUUUUCCAUAAAAAUUUUUUCUAUUAAAAAAUUUUUGUUCACUCACGGAGGGUGGGGUUUUUGGGUAAAAAAUAGCGCGAUUUGUCUAAUGGUUUUGUUCACUCACGGAGGGGGGGGGGGAGUUAG